CUGCAGAUUCAGAUCGACGUGGGUGAUUCGGAGAGAAGUCUGGACUCGCAGAAGCAGAAGUUCAUGGAAAAGUUGGACCGCGAAAAGACGGAGUAUGAACGUGAUAUGGCCCGAUAUCAAGAAGACUUGGAGUGGGUCAAGAGCUUGAACGACUACUCGCUGGCCAUGAAGUGUGCACAUCGAAUCUAUUCGCUGCGGGAGAACCUGGACCGUGCCAAAGAGCGGGUCCAGAGCUUCUUGGACCGCGAGAGGCUCUUCGGCAUGGAUGUGUCGGAUUACUCCGUGGUGGAGAACACCAGCGAGGCUUUCGAGCCCUACUACAAGCUUUGGACCAGCGCUAUUGACUUCAAGCACUCCGAGGAAGAAUGGCUGACUGGCAUGGUACAACGAUUGGUGGCAGAAGAAAUUGAGUCUGUGGUCGAAGAUCAGUACAAGGAAAGCUACAAGACGAUCAAACAGUUUGAGGGUAUCGAAAAUCCACUGGCUGUGGCAAAGGAUUUGCGAGAGGAAAUCUCCAACUUCCGUGCCAACAUGCCUGUCAUCCGUGCCCUGUGUCAAGAGGCCUUCGAACCGCGGCACUUCGCGGAUCUCUUCGAGGAGUUGCGCCUGGAUAUGGACAUGGAGGAUGGCAUCACCUUGCAGCAGAUGUUGGAAGUCGGUAUCCUGGAGCAUAUCGACAUCUUAGAGCGGAUCAGCGUCAAGGCGCAGAAGGAGCAUGGCUUGAAGACCGCUUUGGCACUGAUGAAGAAGGAGUGGAGGCCCAUUGAAUUUGGCCUGGUGCCCCACAGAUCGGGAACUCAUAUGGUGAAGGGCAUCGAUGAGAUCCAGGCUGUGCUGGAUGACCACAUCGUCAAGACCAUGGGCAUUCGCGGCUCUCCUUUUGUCGAACCAAUUGAAAAGGAGGUCAAGGACUGGCUGGCCAAGCUCACCCUGAUCCAAGACCUACUGGAACAAUGGAUCGUCAUGCAGCGCUCGUGGCUCUACUUGGAGCCCAUCUUCAGCUCUGAUGACAUCAAGAAGCAGCUGGUGAAAGAGACCAAAGGGUUUGAGCAGGUUGACAUGCUUCGGCGGAGCACAAUGGAGACAGUGGCAGAAAACCCCAACGUCCUGGAUGUCUCAGAGAUUGAGAAUCUGCUGACGAGCUUUGUGGAUACAAACAAAAAGCUGGAUGUCAUCCAGAAAGGUCUAAACCAAUACUUGGAGUCAAAGCGAUUGGACUUCCCACGCUUCUUCUUCCUCUCCAACGAUGAGCUGCUGAUGAUUCUGUCACAAACAAAGGACCCCACAGCGGUGCAGCCACACAUGGGGAAGUGCUUCGAAGGAAUCAGCAGGGUCCGCUUCAACAAGACGAAUGAGAUCAUUGAAGCAAUGGCGUCCGUGGAGGGGGAAGUUGUUGAGUUGGACCUGCCAGUGAAUGUGGUGGAAGGGGAGAAGAAGGGGAACGUUGAAAAGUGGUUGAUGGAAGUUCAGGGCUCGAUGAUCGAUUCAUUGACCAAAGUCACCGCUUCGUCCUUGCUGGCCUAUGCGAAGAACGAGCGCAGCGACCUCGGUGGACCCUCGGCUGUCGAAGGUGUCGGAACAAGAGGCGCAAGAGGUGUCGCAACCCAGACGUGGCCAGAGUCUUCUUGCUGCCGUCGGAAGCUGGCUUGGCUCGAGCCAAGUGGUCCAAACAAGAAGUGUAGAGAGCCCUGGGGCUAUGAAGCUGGCCCGUUGUAG